AUGGAGCCACUGGAGGACUACGAGGAGGACUGCGAGACCGCUCCGGAUGAGAUCCAGCGGGAGAUCGAGGAAAACCGACGGGCGUGGGCCAACUGCAAGGACGCCCUCCUCGAGCACUUCACAUCCAUGGCGGAUGAUCCCGACAUUCCCUGGCUUGAGAAGUACAAACGUGAGGGUGGGGCGUUGUCCAGAGAGGACUUUGCCUCGAUCCGAGACGAACUCUUUGCGGUCACUCCUCUGGAAUCGCUGGAGGCAAUGGACAGCAUGAUGCCCUUGGACGAUCCUUUGGACGAGUCCGGCUACUGA